CGUUGGAGCCUCCGUGGAGACGGAGAGGAGCGAACACUAGUGAGGGAGAGGCAGGCAGCGGCACACGCCCAAGCUUGGUUAUAUCCAGCGCAUCCAUCGGCACCUCCUCACCCGCCAGUGACCCGACUGCAGCCGCUUGGUUCGGGGGGGAUCCGGUCAGGAUGCGCGAUGGGACAAGCGUGCGGACACGCGCUGCUGUGCCGUAGCCAGCCGCCAUCCACGGAGAUCUCACGCGGUCAGCAAGUGUUUCUGCGUCCAGAAGAGAGUUCUGCUCCGACGCUGACAUCCAGGCAGUCCGCCACCUUGUCUGAAAAACUGCAGGAUGCUUUGCUGCAGCUGGCGGCGGUCGUCGACGUGUGCUCACUGCGAGUCGCCCUCCGAGGCAGCAUCCAGGAGCUCCUACCCAACACGGAGUGCGUGUGUGUCUACUUGCUGGAGGGGAACUCGAGGCUACUUUCUGAUGAUCCACCACAUGAACUGCCACAAGAGGGAAAGAUCAGGAGCAUCAUUGACCAGCUGAAGCGGAGUCAGUGCAGCGGCCUUCCCUCCUCUGAACUGCCAGAGAAACACCGGAUCAGUCUCGCAGCACCGCUAACAGCGCAGAGACGAGCACUUGUGAUUCCCAUCUUGGACCAGCAACACAACAAGGCCAUAGCUGUUUUAUUGGUUGGAUGCAGCCCGCUAACAGAUCAGCAUGAGUCGCAUCUUAACAUGCUGGAGAAGCACGCCUCGGUGGCAUGUGCUCGUGUCCAGACUGUUCAGUCGUCCCUCCAGAGGCCUCCGCUUAGCCCCUCUCCCAUCCAGUCCCACAACGCACUGCUGCACCUCAACGUGUCGGAGCAGGACUACUGCGAGUUGGACCGCAACAUUCUACAGCUGUGUGGUGAGCUCUAUGACCUUGACGCAGCCUCUCUUCAGCUCAAAGUCAUCAAUUAUUUGCAGCAGCAGACACAGUCGCAGUGUUGCUGUCUGCUGCUGGUUUCCGAGGACAACCACCAGCUCUUCUGCCAGGUUGUUGGAGACAAAGUCCUGGAGGAGGAGAUCAGCUUCCCGCUGAUGUUUGGACGUUUUGGGCAAGUUGUUGAGAAGAAGAAGUCAAUCACUCUUCAAGACAUUAGUGCUGAGGAGCGUCGACAGUUGUGCACCAUGCUGGGGUGUGAGGUCUCCUCUUUACUGUGCGUCCCUGUGGUGAGCAGAGCGACGGGUCAGGUGGUGGCGCUGGCCUGUGCCUUCAACAAGCAGAAUGGCCGAAGACACACAGAGGCUGAUGAGCAUGCCAUCCAGCACUGUUUCUGCUACACUUCAACGGUCCUCACCUCAACUUUGGCCUUUCAGAAAGAGCAGAAGCUCAAAGUGGAGUGCCAGGCCCUCUUACAAGUGGCUAAGAACCUUUUCACACACUUGGAUGAUGUAUCAGUGCUGUUACAGGAAAUUAUAGUGGAGGCCAGGAACCUCAGUGAUGCUGAAAUCUGUUCGGUGUUCCUGCUGGAUCGGGUCAGCCAUGAGCUGGUGGCAAAGGUGUUUGAUGGAGGUGUGGUCAGUGAUGAAGAGAAGGAGUUCCGGAUCCCGGCAGAUCAGGGGAUCGCGGGCCACGUGGCGACUACGGGUCAGAUCUUGAACAUCAAGGAUGCGUACUCACAUCCUCUCUUCUACCGCGGUGUGGACGACAGCACCGGAUUCAAGACCCGCAACAUCCUCUGCUUUCCCAUCAAGGAUGAGAACAACGAGGUGAUUGGAGUAGCUGAGUUGGUGAAUAAAAUGAAUGGGCCCUGGUUCAACCGCUUUGAUGAGGAUCUGGCCACUGCCUUCUCCAUCUACUGCGGGAUCAGCAUCGCACAUUCUCUGCUGUACAAGAAGGUCCACGAGGCUCAGUUCAGAUCCCAUCUAGCCAACGAAAUGAUGAAGUACCACAUGAAGGUGUCAGAAGAAGAGGUGUCUAAACUGCUGGUGGUUGGGAUCGAGCCAGUGAGGGAGAUCCACCCCUGCUUCGCCGAGUUCACGUACACGCCCCGGUCGCUCCCGGAUGACACCACACCCAUGUGCGUCCUCAGCAUGUUUGAAGAUAUGGGCUUCAUCAACACGUACAAGAUCGACCUGCAGACACUCGCCAGGUUUUGUCUGAUGGUGAAGAAAGGGUACAGGGACCCUCCCUACCACAACUGGAUGCACGCCUUUUCAGUCUCACACUUCUGCUACCUGCUCUACAAAAACUUAGGGCUGUCCAACUACCUCGAGGACAUUGAGAUCUUAGCUCUCUUUGUCUCCUGCAUGUGCCACGACCUGGACCAUCGUGGUACCAACAACUCUUUCCAAGUGGCCUCGCAAUCUGUGCUGGCUGCUCUCUACAGCUCAGAGGGAUCUGUGAUGGAGAGACAUCACUUCGCCCAGGCCAUAGCCAUUCUCAACACUCAAGGCUGCAACAUCUUUGAGAAGUUUUCCAGGAAGGAUUAUCAGCGCAUGCUGGACCUGAUGAGAGACAUUAUUCUGGCAACAGACCUGGCUCAUCAUCUUCGCAUUUUCAAGGACUUGCAGAAAAUGGCUGAUGAUGGAUACAACCCGAAAAGCAACACUCACCGCUCCAUGCUGCUCUGCCUCCUGAUGACGUCAUGUGACCUGUCAGACCAAACCAAGGGCUGGAAGACGACACGAAAAAUUGCCGAGCUGAUUUAUAAAGAAUUCUUCUCUCAAGGAGAUCUGGAGAAAGCCAUGGGAAACAGGCCGAGUGAGAUGAUGGACAGGGAGAAAGCGUACAUCCCAGAGUUACAGAUCAGCUUCAUGGAACACAUUGCCAUGCCCAUUUACAAGCUGCUGUCCGAACUGUUUCCCGGAGCCACUGAGCUUUACGAGAGGGUGUCAGCGAACCGAGAGCAGUGGACCAAAGUCUCCCACAAGUUCACCAUCCGGGGUUUGCCCAGCAACAACAGCCUUGACUUUCUGGAUCAGGAAUAUGAACUUCUGCAGGCCCAGGGAGCUUUCGGAAGUGACGACCACUGCCUAAACGGAUGCCUUGACGAUGACGGUGGCGGGAGGGGACAGUGACACCAACGCACUGCGGACUGUUCCUGAUGUUGUGUGUCCUAAGAGGCUCAAGAUACCUUUCCAGUGAAGUCGAAGAGGGCGGGGUCUCUCUGCUGUCAGUCACUUAGAUGCUUAGCAGCCAUGCAGUAUGGACGAUUUCUCCGAGCGAAUUACAGAGGACAGGUGAUCGGAAUCGACUACUAGAUGUUGCGUGUGUGUCCAGGUCACAGGGGCUGAAGGUGGCCACUUCAGUGUUUCAAGUCAGUUUGACGGCAAAACACACUCAUAUCCUUUAAAAGAUUGUAAAAACCGACACACUUUAUGUACAUGCGUGCGCUUGUGUGCCGCGACAUAAAGGUAGACAUUUCGGUAUUUCACUUCAACGUGUUACAAUGUGACAAAGUGCUCAACAUUCAGCGAAGUGUUCCAUUACAUCUUGUGUUUAUUUAGAGCGGCUAAAGCUAAUGUCUCCCACCUGAUGCUAAUGAAUGCAUGACGUAUGGUCACCUCAUGUCUUAUGUCGUUUCCUGAAUCCACGUGGCUUGGAACCUAAUUUUAUACCAGCGGAGUGAGCUCUGCUUCUCAAAGUCCAUAUAUAAAUGUGUGUGUGACAGUUAGAAAACUUCAUUUGCUGCAACAAAAUCUAACUUUGUCACUUUAAAGGGCCAAUUUGACAAUCACUGAUGAUAUUCAGAGUCACAGGUCAUCAAACGCAGUGCAAUGUUUUUGUCUCUGACAUUAUUUGAACACGCAUUCACCGUCCACAGAGUAACACAAGCCCUUUAAAAGAUCCACCUCAUGCGUCGUGUCACUGCACCAGAGCGAGUGUGUCAUCGAGUGUGUCAUAAUGAUCUGCCUUAUUGCGCAUCUUUGCUGCCUUUCUUAGAGCUUUUAAUAUAUGAACGUUGAAAUAAAGAGUCUAUGUAGUAUGUAUGUUGUAUAUUUGUGUAUUUGUAUAGACAUAGAUGGAGUAUCAGUGCGUUGGCUGAAUGACCACCAGAAGAUGUAUAUUUGUGAAAUACCUAUGUGGAGACCUCAGAUGUCUUUUCCUCCUCAAGUUUAUGUUCUCCAGUGGACGUUACAGGCAGACACGGAGGGUUUGUUCUCCUUCAGCGCAACAUUUUAUAAAAAAGGAACCUGAGAUGUAGCUGUCACAGAAACAAAAGGAUCAACAGUUCAUGUCCCAAAGGAAAACGUUUUGGAAAAUUACUUUUUAGUGUUUGCCUCGCUGUUGUGUUCUCCUGUAUAAAAAUGCCUUUUUCUGUUCCUGUUCAAAUCAAAAAUGCUGCUGUACUUCGUGGAAGAAAAAAAAAAAAAACCCUACUCCUUAGUUACAUGACGACAAACUUCUGUAAUAAAGAUGUGGGUGGUGUGUGUGGACAGUGGAGCGUUCACCAGCGAGCAAGCGAGAAGAUAGAUGAGUGGGUGUGUGGAGAGGAGCCCGAGAGAGAACACACUGGAGGUGGUUGAUCGCUGAUCACUACAUAAAUAUUUGCUCUCAUGUAGCCCUGAUAAUGACAGUGAAAUUUAAUGAACGCAAAACCUGGUAUUUUUAAAUAUUUUCUCUGAGUGGAGGGCUAGUUGCUGAGCAACGUCCAUGGAUGUGUGCAGUAUUUUCUACUCAACAUUUUUCAAAGGGCAUACAGAAUAGCAUUUCUCUCUCUCUCUAACUCUUGCUCACUUCAUCAUGUGUACCUGCCUUUUUCAUGUGCAAUAUGAAGUGUCUGCCUCUCUGUAAAUACUGACGCCUCAUGACUUGUUAAGAGUUGUAUUCUUACGUUACUACUGAAAGAAACCAGAGGGGGCGCCAUUUCAACCCCUCCAAAGAUGCGUUAGUGAGUCUCGACUCUGGAAAGUUCUGUCUGUCCCUUCGUUUUUGUUCUGAUGUGCCAAUGAGAUAAACUCCUGUCCAAGCUGUGACACGAAGGAGCAGAUCGACGGACGUAAAACAUGAAAAACACUUCAAGCCCUACAAUGUAUUGUAACAUUCUUAAUUGGCAUAAUAGAAUUGCUGUAAAUAUUCACCUCCUUAUUAUGGUGUGAAAUAUUUCAGUUAUAUGUUGUGUUCAAAUUUUUUGCCUUCAUUUCUCUGUUAAGGGUUGUACUGAGACCUCUAUGUAUUUAAGAUUUAUUUAAGAUAUUGGACCCUCUACAGCAACCUAAUUAGAUAUCAAUUCAUGCUCAAAUUGUGAAACACCUCUGUUUAUUAUUUUUCCCUCCUUGUGCUGGUGGUCUUUAUUUCAAAGAUAUGAUGAACAAUGUACCAAAACAAAUGUAUGAGACUUUUUUUUUCUUGGAAUAAAUGU